AUGACAGCGGACAAAGAAAAAGACAAAGACAAAGAGAAGGACAGGGAUAGAGACCGGGAUAAGGAGCGAGACAAGAGAGACAAGGCGAGGGAGAGCGAGAACUCGCGUCCUCGGCGGAGCUGUACGUUGGAAGGAGGCGCCAAGAAUUAUGCGGAAAGUGACCACAGUGAAGACGAGGACAAUGACAACAACAGUGCCACCACAGAGGAGUCCACAAAGAAAAGCAAAAAGAAACCACCCAAGAAGAAGUCCCGAUAUGAGAGAACAGACAACGGUGAAAUAACUUCUUUUAUCACGGAGGAUGAUGUUGUGUACAGGCCCGGAG